AUGGCAAAGUACAAGAAAUGCCGACGCAAAAGGAGAGCCCGAGCGAAAUUUCGCCUGGGAAUGAAGAGAGAAGCUGCAACUCCCCAGGGCUCAGGUUGUGCUGCUCCACAGUCACCAGCUGAUCUCCCUCUGAACACACCACCUGCCCCAAGGUGCUCCCUCUGGUCAUUAGCCUUGCCCAGUGUAAAGGAUGUGGUAAAACCCUUGACAAUAGCAGCAUCAGCUCUGUAUUGUUGGUGGCAGAACACAGUUGCACAGGGUUUCAAGGUAGUUAAUGACACCAUAUUUUCAUCACAAAUCUACCUGAGAGAACUCGAUACCUUCAGAGAGAGGCUGGAAAAGUUGGAAAGUGAAUUGUCCAAGCUCCAAGGAACACUCCAGGAGAAUGGAGUUGCAGCUUUUUCUUCAGAAACUUCUCUUUGUCAGAGGUGCAAUAAACCAGUCCUGGGUGCUGCUGUGCAGGCACAGAUGGAUCCACUGUCACUGCCACCGUCCAUGCCUUUGUCUGUACUUCCUCCACCUCCUCCUCCUCUUCCUCCUCCACCUCCUCCUCCACCACCACCACCACUGCCCCCACCCAAGCUGCCUUCAGCUCCUCUCCUCCUCAAACGGGGCACUGCCUCUAAAGCACAUCUGGCACCACCAGUGAAGAAAGAUGGGCCAAUGCAGAUCACUCUCAAAGACCUUCUCAAUGUUAAGUUGAAGAAGACAAACAGCAACCUGAGAAUGGACAAGGCAGAAUCACCACUGAAGCCACACAGGACAUUAAUCACAGUCUCAGAUCUACAGAGUGUUAGUUUGAGACCUAAGUCCAAGCCAUCAGCUCAAGUUACAAAUUCCUUGAUGACCCCCCCAAAAACUCAGAUUGAUCUUCGCAAACAUCUGAAGAAAGUCAAUAUACAAAGAAGCCCUGGUGGCACUCCACUAAAUAAUAAAGAGAACACUGAAUGUGGGUCUGGGCUGACACCAAUAAUGACACAGGCACUACGGCGAAAAUUUCAGAUGGCUCACCCGAAGAGUCCCUCCCCCGCCCGGUUAAGUGCUGCAAGCAGCUUUGAUGAGAAGUAG